AUGGCCUGUAUCAGCCGUGUUAUUCUUGGGGCUCUACGCCACAUUUCUGUCUUUGCGCUCAAUGAUCCAGACAGUGACUUGGAGCCUAGUACUGAGAGCACAGAGGCAACUCCAAAAGAGAACAUUCCAGGAGAAGAAUCAUCCCAGGGGGUGAAAGUAGAAACAUUCGGAGGGGUGGAUCUUUGCCACUCCACUUUUAGGGGAUGUGGGGAAAGAGAGAGCCAGAGAAAGAGGCAACAACAGGUAAACAAGGAGAGUGGUGUGAGAAAAAGGACUCAGCGUCAGAAGACUCAAAGUAGAGAGAGAUGUUAUAAAUGUCACGAGUGUGAGCAAGCCUUCACUCACAGCUCAAGCCUUGUUCUUCAUCAGAGGAGUCAUACUGGGGAGAAGCCUUACAAAUGUGAUGAAUGUGAGAAAUCGUUUUCUCGAAACUCAAGCCUUAUCCUGCACCAGAGGAUUCAUACUGGAGAGAAGCCUUAUAAAUGUAAUACAUGUGGCAAAGCCUUCAUUCAGAGUUCGACUCUUAUAGCUCAUCAAAUGUUUCAUACUGGAGAGAAGCCUUAUAAGUGCAGUGAGUGUGUGAAAGCCUUCAUCCAAAGGUCAGAUCUUGUUAAGCACCAGAGGAUUCAUACUGGAGAGAAGCCUUAUAAAUGCAAUGAAUGUGGGAAAGCCUUCAUUAAGAGCUCAACCCUGAUUGUACAUCAGAUGAUUCAUACUGGAGAGAAGCCUUAUACAUGCAAGGAAUGUGGGAAAGCCUUCAUUCAGAGGUCAACCCUUCUUGUACAUCAGAUGACGCAUACUGGAGAGAAGCCUUAUAAAUGCAGUGAAUGUGAGAAAGCCUUCACUCAGAAGUCUCACUUGGUCCAACAUCUGAGGAUUCAUUCUGGGGAGAAGCCUUAUAAAUGUUAUGAAUGUGGGAAAGUAUUCACCUACUCCUCACAUGUUUUUCGGCAUCAAAGAAUUCAUAAUGGAGAGAAGGCUGAAAAAUAUAAAGAGUAAGAGAUAGCAUUAAUUCAGAAUUCCACACUUAUUGGACAUCUGCUGAAUGAUACUGGAAAUUAGUCCCAGAAAUAUAAACAACUGAGGAAACCACCGAUUCAGAAUUCAACCCCUAUUGAACACUUGAGAAUUUGUAUGGGAGAAAAAACAUAAUUGUAAAGAAUAUAAAAAGUAUUUUACUGAGAACUCAAUCUUUAUUGAAUAUCAAAGUAUUCAUGCUGAAUAGAAUUUUGUAACUACAAAGAAUUUGGGGAAAAUUUUUAGUAAAUACUCAAACUUUAUUCAUCAUUGGUUGAUUCAUAUUGAAGAAGUUAUCAGUGUCAUGAAUGUGACAAAGCCUUCUGUGGCAGUUUGAAUCUUGUUAAACAUCAGAAAUGAAUGAAGGAAAAAGCAUUUGUUAAGAGUUUCUUAUGUGCCAACAAACACUGUGCCAAGAGCAAAUACACAAAUGAAAAAAGAAGAUACUUUGUUCCCGAGGAUCUUUCAAUUUGAUUAGAGGUGGGAGCACAUGUAGAAAGUUCUGCUGUCGAGAAGAUGGAAAGGCCCACAAUUCCCAAGUAUUCACCUAAAUACCAAAGGCAAGGCACAGUAGUCCUUAGUGUAUACCUGGGUCCCUCCCCCACAAAGAACACUCCCAGUAUUAGGAAUAAUGGUGUGGACUUGAUAAAUUGUGAACAAGAAGUUCUUAAGGAAAGAAACCCAAGCUUUUGAUAGCCAUUUAUAAAUGCCCCCAAUAAAUAAUCAUUAGACCACCUUCUGGUUCAGCCUCACACCCAUCAGAUGGGUAAAGUUGACAAAGAAAAGGAAAAUGACAGAUGUUGGAUGGGCUGUGGGAAGACAGGCCCAUUAAUGCAUUAUUAGUGAAACUAAGUGGUGAACUGGUCCAGACGUUUAGGAAAGCUAUUUGGAGCUGUGAUUGAAAAAAAAAAGUGACUUAACUGCGUAUCUCCUUUGAUCUCGGCCUAUACUCCAAAGACUUUAUAAAAGAGAAUGAGAAGGGACCCAUGUAUACAAAUCUGUUUAUAAUGUUUCUUUUGAUGGUGGCAAAGAACUGAAUCCUGAGGGAGUAUCUGCAAUUGGGGAAUGGUUGAAAACAAUUAUGGCAUAUGAGUGUAAUGUAAUACUGUUUUGCUAAAUGAAAUGAUGAAAGGCAUGGUUUCUGAGAAACCUGAGAAGACAUAUAUGAACUGCUGCAGAGUGAAGAGAGCAGAACCAGGAGAAUAAUUUGUACAACAUCAUCAUUAAAAAACGAACAUUUUUGAAAGACUUAAUAGCUCUGGUCAACACAUUAACUAGUUAUGAAGAUUUUAGAAAACUAGCAAUGAAGAAUGCUACCCACCUUUUGAUGAAGAGGUGUUAUACUAAAUAUGCACAAGACAAAUAUUUUUGCAAAUGUUUGUUUUUACUAUGUAUAUUUAUCAAUUCCGCCCCCCCCCCUUUUAUUUAGUGGGGAGAGGGGGGAGGGAAACAAAAAUGCUUGCUAAUUGCAAACAGUUUCUAAAAAGGAAUGUGGGAGUGAAUCUACUGGUCAGAAUCAAAAGAGGAUUCUAGAUUCUUAUUAAUCAGGGAGGAGAUACAGGUUCAGGGUCUUGCCUAGAGGGGAAAAGAGGGGGAAAGCAUCAACAGAAAGAUUGGAGUAGAAUUAAUUGGGAAAAGGGGGAAAUAAGAGUCCUAGUAGACAGAUGUUUUGAGACCCUCCAGGCAUCCCUGGGAUGGGAUCUGGGACUUUUUGUCAUUGGGGAAGUGGAAACAUUGGAGGAUUCAUAUUGAAGUGGAUUCAUAGAAAAUAAUAUAUGUCUGAAAGAUUUCUCAUACAAUCCUCAUCAGAGGAUUCAUAAUGGUGUGUAUAUGUGUAUGUAGGGAAUGGGGUGGGGAACUAGCCACCUCUAACUUAAAUUAGUUUUAUAUAUAUGCAUUUGUUAUUUUUCUAUAAAUAUGAUGUAUUUUUUGUUUCUUGAUCCAUUCUAUAACUUUUACUUAAUGAAGGAAUUUAAACCAUCAACAUUUGUUGUUAAAACUAAUAAAUUGAACUUGUUUUCUUA